AAUGAAUCGUGAACUGCAGUAUAAAUGUAUAAUACUGUAGAAAUGGCAGUGAUUGUUAGUCGCACUGUCCCACUACUGACUGAGGAACAAAGAACAAUUUAUGACCGCAUUAUGCUCGCUGUUUCGGCAGGACAAGGUGAAUUAAUUUUUUUGGACGCACCAGGUGGAACUGGUAAAACAUUCCUCAUUUCACUAAUUCUCGCCAAAAUAAGAUCAAAUAAUGGCAUCGCAUUGGCCGUUGCAUCAUCUGGCAUUGCAGCAACUUUAUUGGAUGGAGGCAGAACAGCUCAUUCAGCAUUUAAGCUGCCACUAAAUAUUCAAAAUAAUCCAGACGCAGUGUGCAACAUAAAAAAACAAUCAUCAUUGGCUACAGUGCUGAAACUGUGCCAAAUUAUCAUCUGGGAUGAAUGCACUAUGGCACACAAACAUUCUCUUGAGGCGUUGGACAGGACAUUGAAAGACAUAAGAAACAAUGACAAACUGUUUGGCGGCACUCUGUUACUCCUUUCAGGUGAUUUCAGACAAACACUUCCAGUCAUUCCACGUUCAACAUACACUGAUGAGAUCAACGCUUGCUUGAAAUCAUCACGACUGUGGCAUAAUGUUGAAAAAGUACAGCUGAAAGUAAACAUGCGCGUUCAAAUGCUUCAAGAUCCAUCCGCUGAAACAUUCUCAAAACAACUGUUGGAUAUCGGCGAUGGAAAAGUGGCUUUACAUGAAAAUACUGGAUGCAUAAAAUUACUGACCGAUUUCUGCACAAUCAUUAAUUCGCAAGAUGAACUUAUUGACCAGAUAUUUCCCGAUAUACACAUACAAUACUUGAAUCUUGAGUGGCUGGCAGCAGUAGCGUAGCCAGGAUUUUUUUUCGGGAGGUGCUGAUCAACUUUUACACUUUUACACAUUAAAUACGUACUAGCACAAAUAGAUAGCUGAAAAGUGUUAAU